AUGUAUUCCAGUAUUUCUAAUGGAUUGUGUCAGGCGGUUGGAGCUAUUACAGGAUUUGCAAAAGGUAAAUUUCCUUUCACAUAUCUAGGGUGUCCUGUUUUCUACACUAGAAGGAGGAAGGAAUAUUAUGAAGAUCUUAUCAAGAAAGUAAAGGCUAAAUUGCAUUCAUGGAAAGAAAAGUUGUUGUCAUUUGGAGGAAAGGCAACACUCAUUACUAGUGUGUUGCAAAGUAUGCCAGUCCACAUGUUAUCAGUCCUACAUCCUCCAAAAAAUGUCCUGGAGCAUCUUCUUAAGAUUUUUGCUAGAUUCUUUUGGAGCACAAAGGAAGAAGGGAGAAGCAGACAUUGGGCCUCAUGGCAAAAUCUUUGCCUUCCUAAAGAGGAAGGAGGUCUAGGUUUUAGGUCCUUACAUGAUGUGUCGAGGGCAUUGUUUGCUAAACUAUGGUGGAGGUUUAGGACCACAAUAUCUUUGUGGUCUAAUUUCAUGUGGAAUAAGUAUUGCAAGAAGGAGAUACCAACAGUGACUAGAUUGGGUGAACUUUAUCAUGUAUUACCUGAGGACUUUCCAAUCAAUGAAGAUCUUCAGGACGUGGCAAAAUUACGGCAAGGUGAAACAUGGGAUGAUCAGCUGCUAGAUCAAACCUUCAAUGAGGAAAUUGAAGAACAUAUAAGGCUAAAUGUACAUUAUGAAGGCAGUGAGGGAUACUGGGAUAGGCCAUACUGGAUGCCAACUCCUUCAAGCAAGUUCAGUGUUAGCAGUGCUUGGCAAAUAUUAAGGCAUAGAGCUGAUCCUAAUCAGGAAUUCAAGUUAAUGUGGAUUAAAGGCUUACUAUUUAAGAUAUCCUUCUUCUUGUGGAGAUUGUGGAGGAAGAAAAUAGCCACUGAUGACAUAUGGAGGAGGCAAGGGCAAAUGGUGAUGUCUAGGUGUUGGUGUUGUCAGCAGCCCCAGGAGGAAUCUAUUGAGCAUAUAUUUAUCACAAGUUCUACUGCCUCUAAAGUAUGGAACUUGUUCAUGGGGGUUGCUGGAAUUACUGUGCCACUGAUUCAAUUGAAGCAGGUUAUAAUGUAUUGGCGGUAUGCUCAAUGUUGUCCAAAGCUAAAGCCAUUGUUUCAAGCAGUACCGGCUAUCAACACUUGGGAACUUUGGAAGAGAAGAAAUGCAGCCUUGAACCUACCUGGCCCGUCUAUCCCAGACCAGCAUGUUCCUGGUCCUGUAGCGGCAGAGGAUGCCACCAUCCCUCCCGCCGAUAUUCCUGAAUCUGGCACCAUUCCAGCUCCUGGUCCCGAGGUUUCUGAUGUGGACCUUAGGGGAGCCAUCCGCAUGUUAACCCA